GAUCCGCGCUAGGAACCCACAUCUCGAAUACCAUGCAUCUGAACCAUGCGACCGCCGCGACGGCAGCCAUGGCCAACUAUCAGCACUACCAGCUGCCAGCCUCGCAUGGUGGUGGCGGCGGCGGAGGAGGUGGCGGUGGUGGAGCCAAUGGUGGAUCUGGGCCCGGACCCAAUUCCGGGCAGCAGCAGGCCACCACCUUGGCCAGCCUGCAGCAGAGCCCCUUUGCCCUGCACCAGCUGACCGCCGUGCAGGCCAUCCAGCAUCCCACCCACCAAGCCAUGCUCCAUCCACAGCACCCGCUGGUCCACCUGCUGGACAUCUCCACCACCACGGCGAAUAGUGGCGGCGGCGGUGGAGGCAAUCACACGCCCAUUUCGCCCAUGAAACAGGAGGUGCAGAGCGUCAUCAGCGAGGAGGAGGUGGUGGUGGACGAUCCGCGCAAGAAGAAACAAUGCCACGUGUGCAAGAACAAGUUCCGGCAGCUGACCACGUUACGCAACCAUAUGAAGAUCCACACGGACGAGCGGCCCUACAAGUGCAAGCACUGCGACAAGGCCUUUCGCCAGAUCUCGACGCUGACCAACCACGUGAAGAUCCACACCGGCGAGAAGCCGUUCACCUGCAACAUUUGCGCCAAGGACUUUCGCCAGCAGAGCACCUUGAUCAAUCACAUCAAGACGCACAAGGCGGCGGAGUCCAGCACGCCGACGUCGCUGCUGAAUUAUCAGCCGCAGACGGGCAGCGGCAAGCACAGGAAGUCGCAGAUGCACCAGGCCUACCAGCAGCAGCAUCAGCGCGUCCAAAUCUCAAAGACCUUGUACUCCGGCAGCUACAGCUCGCCGGCGGCCGAGGAGCUGGUGAAGCCGUUCCAGUGCAGCGUCUGCAAGCGCCGCUUCCCGCAGCUGAGCACGCUGCAUAACCACGAGCGGACCCACAUCGAUCCCAAGCCGUACAAGUGCGAGACGUGCGACAAGUCCUUCAGUCAGCUAGCGACGCUGGCCAACCACAAGAAGAUCCACACGGGCGACAAGCCGUACACGUGUUCCUACUGCCACAUGCAGUUCCGCCAGCAGAGCACCCUCACCAACCACCUGAAGACGCACACGCACCAGAUCGCUCCCGGGGGCGGGGGUGGAGCAGGAGGCGGCGGAGGAGCCGUCACAGCCACAGUGGAUCACUCAAUGCCCGCACCCCUGGCGCCCGGGACGCAGCAGCUGACGAGUGGGCUGCUGCCAAACAACCUGCACGGCAGCACGCCGAACAUCAUCCAGCUGGACCACCAUCCGCUCCUGCAUUUCCUCGAUGGCAGUACCACGGUCAGCUCGGUGGUGGCCACGGCGGCGGCCAACACCAAGGUGGAGCAUUUCCAGGCGGGCGGGUCACCGCCGGGCCGCAUGACCGUGGUGGGCAACAUCAACAUGCUGAAGGGCGAUAAUCCGGACCGGCCGUUUGGCUGCAGCGUGUGCCAGCGGUUCUUCUCGCAGCAGAGCACCUUGGUCAAUCACAUCAAGACGCACACCGGCGAGAAGCCGUACAAGUGCAAGAUCUGCGAGGUGAACUUCCGGCAGGUGGCCACGCUCAACAACCACAUGAAGAUCCACACCGGCGAAAAGCCCUACAACUGUUCCUACUGCCCCAAACAGUUCCGGCAAAAGAGCACGCUGCAGAACCACCUGAGGGUGCACACCUGCUAGACCCACUCCAGAACCAGAUCGCGACGCGAUCCAGGUACGCAGCCAGCCAGCCAGUCAAGCAGCCAUUGAGGAAUAGUGCAAUAUGCAUGCCACAUAGCACAUACACUUAUAGAUCGCAUAUACGGCAUACGAAUACGAUUACAUGAAUACUAUAUUUGAAUAUAUACUCGAAAGUGUUAUUUACCUGCUGUGCAGAGCGCAAUUGUAUGUAACUAUAUCGUAGAGAGCUGAUCCACAUGCGUGUCCAAUUGUAAAUUAAGGCUAGCCGUAUUCGCAUAACCCACGAAUAAUAUGAUACAGGGUGUUUAAGCCUAAACUCUAUACUAUCGUAGGAUGGGUCGAUUUGCGUCGGUGCAUAAAAGUUAUCUUAAGGCUGUUCUCAGCCAUCUAUAUUUUAUAUUUUUGAACUUCUAUCCUUGCAAAAAAAACAUUUUCGAAAGUGUAAAUUAAACAUUGGUACUGAUAAAGAUUUGAAAAGCGAGUUACACAAUUUGUUUAUAUUUAAUUUAAACGUGACCCAGGUCAUUCACCUUUUAUAUCUGUUAUGUUGUGAGAUAUCUUUUAUACAACAUUAGUAUUUCCUUUACAAGGAACUUGUUUUAUGAGAAGCAAACGGUAUUCUUUAAUUUUGUACGAUUAAAAUUAAUAAAUGGUACAGAAUGGUUGAGUAGAUUUCUUUAGCACCGAAUCUUCUUUCUAUAACAAAUCGAUCCACACUAAAACUAUGCCCUUCUGCAACUGUUGUAACCCAUGCCCCUGACCCUUCCGCGAUACCUACCUAUUAGUUCCGAGUAUCGGCUUCUCUCAGCUUUUCUCGUCGUGUUAAAUGUUAAGCCCGCCAGCAAAGUAAAGUAAAUUAAUUAAAAGUAAAACUAGUUAUUGCUAUACUGUGUGUAAUCCCCGCCCGCUCUAAACUUGCAUACGGCAUCAUCGGAACCGAACCGAACGGAAAUCGAAAAAAGCAACUAUUUAUAUAAGUGUACUCUUAGCGCAUAUUUAGCAGCAUCUUCUACUCACAUGACUACAAGCGGAGCGAAGGCGAUCGCAUAAAUAAUCAAUAAUACAUUUAAUGAAAACCGGGUUGCUUCUAGAACAAAAUUUAGAAAACGGAGAGACAAGAGUCCCUAAAUUAAGUGAAUCGAUGAGGAGGAAUACAAGUAAAACCAGCUAUAAUUGAAUUGACAGAGAUCGAUCGUAAAUGUUGUAGAGAAUAUAUAGGAUAUAUAAAAAUAUAUAUAACUACUUGUAAAUGUAAGCGAAGCGAAGAGCUGAAACAACAAUAAAACAUGCAAAACAAAAACAUA